CAUGUUUUUAAAGUAGAGAAUUUGUGUAAUUAGAGAAUAAGUACUUAUCGUACUUAUUCACACACAUUUGAAAUUCGUACACUUUUUGCUUACGCAUACGGUCACAGUUCGUUACAUGAUUUCAGUUAUGACAGAUUUUCUAACCUCUUUAGUCGUCAACAUUAGUGCUUUUUGCGUAAAAUAAUCUCAAAGCUAUUGAGCAGGUUGACGACGCGUGUCUGUGAGACACAAAAAAAAUAUUAGUGUUUGAUAGUUGAUAUCUCGAUUCUCGGAGCAGAAUGACGCUUUUCUGAGAGAUUCGUUGGUGUGAAAACGCGUUGAAUUGGUCCUAAUUUCGUCCAAAUCGGAGGUGCUGGGGAUGUAUCUGUUUCUUGUUGUAUUUUGAUUGAUAAUUGGAUAUAUUUUCUGAUUUUUAAACUGCAAAUCAAACACAAAUAUGAUGGUCUGGAAUAUUCUCAGAUGUGUCAUUGGAUCAUCGAGGAAUACUUUCCAAAAUCGAUUGUCUAAAAGUGCAAUAUGUAUCAAUAGAAUUGCUAGACUAAUGUCGACAGCAGAUCCUAAGGAAAUUGAGUAUUUUUCCACUUUUAAACAUGUCUGGUGGGAUGAGAAUGGCCCAUUUUUCGAUCUCCAUCUAUAUACUCCGAUUAGAGUACAGUUUGUGAGGGAUGGAUUGACAAAUGCUGGAAUUGAAGUCCCGAACUCAGCUCUUCCGCUGGAAGACGUCAAUAUUGUAGAUGUCGGUUGCGGUGGAGGUAUAUUGGCCGAACGUCUAGCUAGAAUAGGCGCGCGAGUAACUGGAAUAGAUGCAUCAGUGGAAUUAAUAAAUGUUGCUAAAGAGCAUGCCAAAUUGGAUCCCGAUGUAUUGGAGAGACUGAACUACAUUCAUACAACCAUAGAAGAUUUUUCCCAAAAAGAAGGCCAGUUAUAUGAUGCUGUUGUGGCUUCUGAGAUUUUGGAGCAUGUAAAAAAUCCGCAAUUAUUUUUAAAGAAAUGCGUGAAAAUUUUAAAACCUGGUGGAUCAAUUUUUAUAACUACGCAAAACAGAACUCUAGCUUCUUGGUUGGUUGUUAUUGUAGCGGCGGAAUACAUUUUCGGAAGAAUACCUGUUGGCACUCACGAAUGGAAUAAAUUCAUCGCUCCUCACGAAGUUCAACGUAUAUUAGAUGAUUAUGGAUGCAAAACGAGAUUAAUUCAUGGACUAAAAUUUAACCCACUUUUAAAACGAUGGUCUUGGUCGUCGUGUAUAGAAAUUUUUUAUGGACUCCAUGCAAUCAAGCAAAAAGAAAUUGGUAUGUAGUUUUCGAAAAAUACAACUUUCGUACUAACAAACGUAUGAAUCGUAUAUUUUUAUUGUUUGCCUCGUUAUGGUUGUGAUAAGUUACAAUUGAUACUGGAUAUGAAGAUUGUUGCAAAACGAAUUGGAUUUGUGGCAUAAAAUUUAAUGUACUGACAAAAUAAUGGUUUUGUUCGUCAUUUACUUCUACAUUUUAUGCCUUUUAUGCAAAUAAAAAAAAAACUGACAUACAAUCUUCGAAAAGUAUAACUUUUUUUAAUGCAACACAACACAUUUUUUAAUAUUUGUUUACCGACUAUAUUAUAUAAUUGAGAUUAAUGAUUUUUGCGGUCUGUUAUACGUAUAGCCAAGUGUACUAUACAACAAAUUUAAUAUAAGAUAGGCCGAGUCGGUCACAGCAAGAUUUUUGUG